AUUGUAGGAAACAUCCUGUUUUUGUUCUUCGGAGGAGGACUUUUCUGUGCUCUCUUCUACUUCUUGUUUGGUCUUGGCCUCUGUGCCUCCGUGGUUGGCAUUCCGUUUGGGAUCGCAACUUUCAAGAUGGGCCUGAUGGCCUUGUGGCCUUUCGGCGAGAAACUUGGAGGCUCGAUGGUAUGCAGAUGCGAGACCAGCGGAGUUGGGCUGACCCACCUCAUUCUCAACCUUAUGUGGCUUUGCAGCGGGAUAGGAAUCAUGGUGAGCAUGAUGCAUUUCUUCUUCGGCAUCAUCAACGCCAUGACGAUUUGCGGGAUUCCUUGCGCUUUGGCUCAUUUCAAGCUUGCUCUCCGGGCUCUAUGGCCAUUCAACUUCGACACCAUGACUGAG